UUACUGGGCACUAAAUAGAGAAGGUUCGGGCUAGAAUGGCUGCAAAAUGGAGCUCGAUAGUGGGAGUUAGCGCAGACCAGCCGCACGUGAGGUUCAACCCUCUGCGAGGGGAGUGGGUCUUGGUCUCCCCUCACCGCCUGAAGCGUCCCUGGAGCGGCCAGGUGGAGAAAGGAGGGGACGAGGUAGUUCCACCGCACGAUCCUAAAAACCCUCUCUGUCCCCGAGCUGUCCGUGCCAAUGGAGAGGUAAACCUCUCCUUCCGGUCCCAUAGAUGCCAGUUACACCUGUAGGUAAAUCCUGACUAUGACAGUACUUACGUCUUCACCAAUGACUUCCCAGCCAUGCCUCCUGGUGCUCCCGACCUGGGUGAGAGUGGAGAACAUCAUCUACUGAGAGCAGCCAAAGCUCAAGGCACCUGUCGUGUGAUGUGUUUCCACCCGCGAUCUGACCUCACUCUGCCGCUGAUGGCGCUGCCAGAGAUCAGACGAGUCGUCGACGAAUGGGCCAAUCAGAUCACGGAGCUGGGCCGGAGCUACCUGUGGGUACAGGUCUUUGAGAACAGAGGGAAGGUAAUGGGCUGCUCCAACCCCCACCCCCACUGUCAGAUAUGGGCCUCCAGCUUCAUGCCAAAUGAACCUGGACGAUCUGAUGCCAACCAGUUGAAGUACUAUGAGGAACACGGUGCUCCACUGCUGCUGGACUACGUGCAGCUGGAGCUGAAGAAGAAGGAAAGAAUUGUGGUGGAGACUGAACACUGGCUGGCAGUGGUUCCUUUCUGGGCUGUGUGGCCAUUUGAAACUCUUCUGAUGCCACGACGACACGUCCAGCGGUUUCCAGACCUGACUGACAGCGAGAGAGAUGGUAAACUAGCCUCAUCUCACAUUUCUUUUCCUUCUCCCGCUCCUGCUCUUUCUCCCCAGACCUCUGUGUGGCCAUGAAGCAGCUGCUGACGAAAUACGACAACUUGUACGAGUGUUCCUUCCCCUACUCCAUGGGUUGGCAAGGUGCUCCUACUGGACCUCAGCGUGAUAAAGAUUGCCCUCACUGGCAGCUGCAUGCUCUCUACUUCCCUCCACUUCUCCGCUCGGCUACGGUGAAGAAGUUCAUGGUGGGCUACGAGAUGCUGUGUCAGAGUCAGCGCGAUCUGACUGCAGAACAAGCCGCCGCUAAACUGAGGGAACUCCCAGAUCUCCACUACAAACUCUCCUCAAACUAACUUUUUAUUGGUACACUGGAGCCUAGUGGCUUAAUUUAUAGGUGUGGAUUCUCUUAUAACAAGGAAGUCAUCAUAAAAAUGUGAAAUUACAUGAUUGUGGGUGUAGGAAAAGAGCAAAGUGGCAGAUUUUUUUAUUAACCCUCGGCGCGCAUGCAAAUUUUUUUUUGCACUAAACAAGCCACCGGUAAUACGAAAAUAGAGAG